AUGGCCGAAUUGCUCGAUAAAAAUUAUGGUGCAGCGUUUCCUGAAGAACUCGACGGACCCCUUGAUUUGCAGGUAUGUUGUCCUCUUAAAAAUGCCCACUAAAAACAUGAUUUUCAGAAUGGUGCGCCGAAUUGCUGUAAAUUUAACCGCUGGGGAACACUUGUGGCAGUUGGAUGUGCUGAUGGUCGUGUUUUCAUUGUGGAUUUCAUUACAAAAAAUCCAGUAAAAGUAUUCACAGCACAUGCUUUGCCUUUGAGUGGAAUAUCUUGGUCAAGGGAUGGAAGAAAAUUGCUAACAUGUUCGAUGGAUCAAACAAUUGCAGUAUGGAAUGUGUUAACGGGUCAAAUGAUUGAACGAAUUCGUUAUAAUUCAGCUAUUCUUUCUGCGCAUUUCAAUCCAAGAGAUGAUAAUAAAUGCAUAGUUUUGCGAACAAAUAGUCUUCCAACAAUGGAACAAAUUAAUCCACGUAUUCAAAAAGUUCUAACAAACGAUACUCCGGGUGCUUCCGAUGACAUUAUCUGUGCCAUUUCAUACGAUCGAAAAGCCAAAUAUAUUAUAACUGGAACUGGAAAAGGCAAAAUUAUUUUCUACAAUGCCGACACUUUGAAAUGUGUUUCUUGGUGUAAGCAAAGCAGUUCACAGCAAGUUCGACAAAUUAUUGUUCCGCCAAAGUCGAAUUUUAUUUUGACAAAUUCACAAGAUCGCAUUAUUCGAACUUAUGUGUGAGUUUUUUUUUCAAAUUUUCGGGGAAAAAUUGUAUGUUUCAAAAAUUUUCAAUUUUCGAGCGCAAAAUUAUUAAUUUUUUAUCCCAGUAAUACAAAAUUGUGAAAUUCGAAAUUUUACGAUAAAAACCACCUGAAAAAACCAAAAUUUGCUAUGAGAACUUAAAAAUCCACGUGUCAAUCUAAAAAUGUAUAUUUUUCCAGCCUCAACGAUCUUCUGAAUUUGAAAGGUGCCACAGUCGAAGCCCAAUACAAAGUUCAAGAUAUGGUAAAUAAAGCAGCAUGGAAAAGUGUUUGUACAGAUAGUGAUGGAAUAUAUAUUUGUGGAGCAUCAACAAAAGCACAUUCUUUAUAUAUUUGGGAAUCAAAUACCGGAAGUCUUAUCAAAAUUCUACACGGAACAAAAGGCGAAAGUUUGAUGGAUGUUCAAUGGCAUCCAACACGACCUGUUAUAUUAUCAGUUUCUCAAGCGACAGUUUCACUUUGGACACAAGCACAUGUUGAAAAUUGGUCAGCUUUUGCUCCGGAAUUUCAAGAACUUGAGGAAAAUGAGAAAUAUCAGGAGAAAGAAGGAGAAUUUGAUAUGGAAGAUGAAGAUGCUGAAGAAGAAAUAAAGAAAGAUUUAGAAGAGGAAGAAGAUAUUGAUGUAGUUGGAUUGAAACCUGAAGAAUAUUUGGCAAGUUCGGAUGAAGAGGAUUUGACGGAUAUGAAAUUGGAUCAGACAUUGAGAACUGGACCACUUUGGUAUAUUCCAAUUGCACCGGAUGUUGAUAAUCCAGAGAAUUUGACAUCGGCAACAUUACCAGGAUUAGGUAAGCAACUUUUUCGAGAUCCCUCGAAAACUAAGUACAUUGCUUCCAAUUUUUUCCGAAAAAAGCGGACUUUGUACCUACCGUAUAUCUCCAACUAUACGAAAACAGAAAAAAGUUUGUAGUUGUACUAGGGAUUAGGAGUACUGUAUUUCCAGAAUUCCAGGAUUCCAUUGAUAAUACAAUCUUGUGUUUUUUUCAGAAAUCAAAGACGAUCAAAGUCUAUUGGCAGGUGCGAAAGGAAUUGGAAAACAGAAGAAAUAA